AUGUCUCCCCGCGGGCGCAGGCCGCCCACCACCCCUGGUGAGGUACCUCUCCACCGCCUCCAGCGUCAGCGCGGUGCUGGCAGAAAACCAGCUGAAUUGGCCAUACCAUUUGUCAUCGUGGGUGGCCAUGGUUCACCUGUCACACAUCAUACCCCAUCACCUCCCCGUGCCUGGCCCAGUGACAUGGAGGAGCCGCAAACUCCAGUGGCAGAAGCUACUCUUAGAACUCGAGAUCGUAUACCUACUCCUCAUCCCGCCAAUUUCUUUCGCCCUCGUUCAUCAUCGGCCCCUCCCUCGGCGGGCUCGCGGUCAAGGAACAUGUACUACAUAGAAGAUGCAGAAACUACACUGGUUGCGGGUGAUCAAUCAGAUGAAGUAUCUUCGCUCACGCUUGUAGGAGAGUCUUCGUUUUCUGAAUAUGACUCCGAUAGCUCCAGUGAGGAGGAAUACAGUGAUGACGAUGAUGAUGAUGAAGAGAACGAAUAUGAUGAAGAUGACGAUGAUGAAGAAAUGGAGGUCUACUAUGUGGAGAGUCCAAUCCAAGAAGAAGAUGCGAGAAGGGAAAGAACAUUCGAAGUAGAGGUUCCGGAACACGAAGAUUUCCAAGAACAACAAGAGGAAGAAGAAGAGGAAUAUGUCGAAUAUGAUGAGGACGCUGAGAUUAAAGAGGAGGAAAUGGAUGAUGAAAAUGAAUUUGAUCUUUCGAUGAUGAGUGCUGUCGAAGCUAAUGAAACUGAGGAUGACGUCCAGGACGUAAUCGAGAGCUCACAGGAGAGUGUAGUUGAACAUGAGGAAGAUCUGGAUUACAGUGUAGAGGUCUACCGGGAGGAGGAACAGGAACUUGACGAGACUGAGAAUAGGUUGAUACCUAACAUUAGUGCUUCUGUCCCUACUGGGCAGAUCCAACGCCCACAGCAGUAUGUUGAUGUCGAGAUUGAGGAACGUCGGUCACAAGUAGCGGUUAGUCAAGGGGUGAAACAGGAAGCACCGGAAUCGGGCCCAACCCCGUUCCCUGGUACCCCACCUCUACAUGGGGAUCAGUUGAAUAGAAGGAAUCCAAUCUCUGUACAGGAUGGUGAACGUUUCUUGGACUCUCAAGUGUGCGAAGCAUCACCAACCCCUCGUGGGAAUUCUCAAUGGCUCGGCCGUCCGUUGGAGUUAACUCCUGGAAAGGACUUUUUCGAGGGCGAGGAGCAAUGGGCGUCUGAUUGGGAAGGUCGGGCGUUAGGAUCCCCACUUAGUCGCAAGAGAAACCGCCGAGUUGCCGUUGAAGAACCAGAAAUCGAAUACCAGGCAGCGGCUCAUGUUGAGUAUGACGACGACGAACUGGAACCAUACACACCUGAGCCGGAGGUGGAUAGACGGGAUAGAGUCGUUGAGUACGACGAUGGCAAGCUUGAACCCUACACGCCUGAACCAGAAGAAGACGAGAUUGAGCCAUACACACCUGAACCAGAGGCGAAUGGGGAGAACAGAACCAUUCAAUCCGAAUCUGAUGGGCUUGAGCCCGACUCGCAUGGGCUGAGGUGGUAUAAACGCGAUACGACUAUUAUGUAUGAAGGGGGUGAACUUAAGCCAUACACACCUGGACUACAGGCGGAUAGACAGAAUACAACCAUCAUUCACGAUGAACAAAAUUCUGAAAAUCAUACAUCCGCAGCUGAUACGACUUUCCGACAGAGCGGCGUUCUCCCUUCGCUUGAGGACACUGCAUCAAUUGAUAUGGAGGACGACAGUAAUAGUGAAACCGAUGACGACCACUAUAAUUCUCCACCCGCUGCUCCUCCUCAAAUGAAUGAGCCACACGUGAGCUCGGUCGGAGUUGACGAGAAUCAUCUAUAUCAACCUCCUGCCGGAAUCGAUAGUGGAGACUUUAUUGGUUACGGCGGUGGCGACGAUAAUGAUCACAUGGAUGAUGAUGAUAAUGACCGGAUGUAUGCAUUUAAGCCCAAGAUGUGUUCAGAACGCGGAACUACUCUCUUUGAAGGACGAAAUGUAAGGGACACCGGGAGUCCUAAUAUUUUCAAUAUGCCGCUCCCUCCUCCGUCCGAAUUCGACAGCAGCGACGAACGUCUAUCAUCACCUAUGAUACUAAGUGAUCGGACAAUUGCUAUUAUGGCGCUUCCCCCUCUAUCCAACGUUAACAGCGGUGACGAAUGUCCGUUCUCACCCAUGCUUAGUGACCGUAGAAUUACUGCUCGCUCUCAGCCCCCGCCAGAUAGCAAUUGUGGACGAUCCUUGCAGCUGCAAUUGUCACCGGCACAGCGUCCAAUGCACGAUUGUAAGGCGAGGCAUGUCAUCUCUCGAAAUCGGAGGGAUGAUUCUGACUUUCCCUCCUCUCCCCCGACAGUGAGAUGGAAUAUAUUAUUACACAAAGAUCGGAGUGCACUCCCGGCAAUGGUGGAUGAUUAUCAGGAAGGGAUGGAUCAGCAAUCGUCACGCGACGGAGAUGAUGAGCAAUCUGAAGACGGGUCCUGUAGACCAAUUUCGCCCGCUUCAUGCCCACCCCCCAACAACGCGCCUCAGUCAGCUGAUGAACGAUCUGAAGACGGCUGUGAUAGUCAAAUCCCCCCCGUUUCAUCUCCACCCACCAACAACCCGCCUGACUCGGCUGUCAAUGGUACCCAAGACGGCAACCUCAAUAAUUUAAAUUCUGUUCUAGGGACGAUGCAAGGACAGCGUGAAGUGGACAAUAGGGCGGUAGAAGAAGCCAGGGUAGAUACUACUAGGCAGCUCUUCGCGAUUGUAGACACUCCCAUUGAUAUGUCACAAAACGCAGUACGUCUUCAAACACGGCCAUCAUGGCUGAGAUCAAUUGCAGAUCCUGCAGAGGCCCUGCAGGCAAUGCUGCCCGCUCCCGAAUACCCUGAUCUCGGAACGUCCAUCCCAUCAUUCAGGAAUUUUAAGAAAAAGGAUACAAAGAUUCCAUUGACGAGGCCUGUAAUCACAAAGCAGCACCGAGUGAGGAAGAUCCGUUCCCGCAAGACAAAAUUGGCUCCCAGAAGCCGCGCGGAUGGUCCACCUAAAAGUAUUUUUGGGUUCGACGACCCCAUUGUUAGGAAAUAUUUCGAGGACAGAAGGAGGGAGAUUGAGGAUGCAGCUAGAGAAGCCUCAGCAAAGUUAGAGGCCCCAUGGUUGAAAAGAGUUGAGGUCCCUCGUCCGAAACCUUGGUACUUGAAGACUUGCAUCGAUGAUGUCCCAGAGCAUGUCCCGAACCAUGUCCCGGGAAAUGUCCCAAAGACUGCAAGAUAUGAAGCUAUGAGCCCUACGCCAGCAAAGCCAAAUAAGAAACGCCGAGCCUCAUGGGAUUCCCGCGAGGAUAGCCCUAAGAAACAACGCGUUGAUACAUACCACCCCGAUGACUCUCUCCAAAAUCAUCACGGCAUGUUGAAUAAGCUCAUGAAGAAACGGAAAUACAAAUCACCUGGGAUAUUCAAGAGUGCGGAACGUUUUCCCGAUGGAACCCUUGUGCACCCUAUUGAUACAUCGCACCGCCUUGACUGCUUCCUGGCAGUUGCAACUGGAAAGGUACUCUGGUUCCCGGCGGAGGAGCAAGAAAGCGCAUGGGAACACUGUGGACAAGAAGCACUGUUUGGGGAAUAUGGGCUAGUUUCGGAGAUGGGAAUGGAUGACGAGGCAAGGGGUCUUUGGGCCGGGAAGCCAAAUAACGGAAACUAG